AUGCUUUUCAGUCCACAGGUCGAGGUUCCGAUCUCUACGCAGGAUAUUGCGUCCUUCGUUCUAGACAACCCAAAGUAUGAUGUCGAUAAGCCGAUUUACAUCGACGCGCUUGAUCAAUCGCGAUGGUACUCCGGGCGAAAAGCGUAUACCGCAGUGCGACGGCUCGUGGCAGGUUUCCAUGCGUUGGGGUUGAAGCAAGGGGAUUGUGUGCUUAUAAACUCCAUGGCCGAUAUCGACUACUCGAUUCUUUUUCUCAGCAUCAUCGCCGCCGGAGGAAUCGUUUGUGGAUCGAAUCCAUAUUAUAGUGAAGCCGAAUCUCUUCACCAACUGAAGCAAGUCACGCCUAGGUUUAUUUUCACGGAGGCUGAAUUCCUGGAGAAGAUGCAAUCUUGUGCUGCAAAAUGUGAAAUUGGCUACAAUCGUAUAUUCAUCUUCGACCAUGGAGAUCCUACAAUUCCCGGAGGCUUUCGAUCGUGGAGACAACUUCUCGAAUAUGGAGACAGCGAUUGGGUUCGGUUCGCCGGCGACAAAACUUCUAGGCAUACCGUAGCUGCAUACGUGAUGAGCAGCGGUACCACCGGCCUUCCUAAAGCUGUUAUCCUAUCUCACCAUAACAUCGUGGCUGCAUUGACUCUAGGUUAUGAUCAAGAGAGGAAAGAUUUUGAGGUUCGGCGAAUCUUGUGUCUCCCCCAAUUUGCUACUGCCGCCAUAUAUUCCAAUCACUUUUGUCCUUUGCGUCAUGGAGAAGUCUGCUUCGUGAUGCGUCGAUAUGAGACGACAGCAUUCCUGCAGAAUAUUUCCAAAUUCAGCAUCACCGAGAUCAGUGUCCUGCCCCCAAUCCUAGUGCAAGUUCUUCAGAAUUCGCUUGCGACAAAAGAAACGCUGAAGAGUCUACGAUAUGUGCAUGGGGGAGGUGCGGCAAUGCCCAAAACCCUUGUGGAUAGGUUGAAAUCUUUGCUUCCGAAAGGCACCCCUUGCACUUCCAUCUGGGGGCUUUCUGAAGCGUCUGGCAUUGGGACAUGCUUCUUUUGGCCAGAGCAUGAUGAUACAGGCAGUAUUGGAAGGCUGUUACCCGGGUUAUCUGCCAAGCUGAUUGACGGGGAAGGAAAUGAUACGAGCGAGUUUAAUAUCAGAGGAGAGCUAUGUAUCAAAGGCCCGACAGUUAUGCUUGGCUAUCUUAAUGACGCUGGGUCGACGAACGCGACAAUAGAUCCGGAAGGUUGGUUGAGGACGGGCGAUAUCUGUUAUUGCGAUGCACAAACUAAAAAGUGGUACAUCGUCGACCGCAUAAAGGACUUGAUCAAGGUCAACGCAUUUCAGGUUGCACCUGCGGAACUUGAAGAAAUCCUACUCCAGCACCCGGAUAUCGCUGACGCGGCUGUGAUUGGCAUCGAUGUCCCAGAAGCUGCAACAGAGCUUCCGCGAGCAUACGUGGUGCCACACCAAUCCGUAGGCGCUGACUUGACCGAAGACAUGGUAAAAGCAUUCGUUGCCGCAAAGGUGGUCAAGUACAAACGGCUAGAGGGCGGCGUGAGGUUUGUUAGUAGCAUACCAAAAGCUGCCAGCGGAAAGAUCCUCAAAAAUCCACUCCGCGACUUGGUCAGAAAAGAAUCAAAGGCCAAGCUAUGA